CACCAACCGGUAAAAAAGUUCAACGUCAAACGUCAAACUGACACGUUUAAGGUUAGGAUUAUGAUCCCUCAUAAAAAUGGUUUUAUUGAAAAUAUAACGUGUUAAUUUCGGAAUUGUUGAAUUACUUUGUGCCAAAAAUGAUACCUAGAACGUUGUUGUGUACGGCAAUAAUUUCGCUGGCGUUCCUGGAGGCCCAUUCCCAGUUACUCGAAGGAAUCUAUUGUGGAAAAAGCAACUGUUACGAUGUCCUGGGGGUCACACGAGAGUCAACGAAGAACGAGAUCGCCAAAUCGUACCGAAAACUUGCAAAGCAAUAUCACCCUGACUUGCACCGUGACAGAGAAGCCAAAGAAGCAGCGGAGGAACAGUUCAAAAUAAUUGCCAACGCUUAUGAUAUUCUUAAAGAUGAUGAAUCUCGUUCCGAAUAUGACGAUAUGUUGGAUAAUCCUGACCAGUUGUACGCCCAUUACUACAGGUAUUACAAGAGGAGGAUGGCCCCCAAAGUCGACGUCAGAAUUGUCUUGGUUGUUACUAUAUCAGUGAUUUCUCUGAUACAGUAUUACAGUGGAUGGCAACGUUAUGAUUCAGCAAUCAAGUACUUUAUGACUGUUCCAAAGUACAGAAAUAGGGCUCUAGAAAUAGCAAAGCAGGAAGGACUUCUGCCAGAUAGUAAAAAAGCCUCCAAAGGCAAAACGAAAAUGCCGAAAGACAUAGACCAGAUAAUUAAGAAAGUAAUUGAAGAUAAAAUGGAUAUUAAGGGCGCUUAUGCGAAGCCAAGCAUUACCGACAUUUUAUGGAUUCAAUUGAUAAUGUCACCAUACACCAUAGCAAAAUAUAUCUAUUGGUAUAUCUCGUGGAUUUGGAGGCACACAAUCCUCAGACAACCUUACAAUGAUGAAGAAAAACUCUACAUUAUUAGAAAAUAUUUGAAGAUGGGCCAAUAUCAGUUCGAUAGCCAAGAAGACGAGAAGAAAGAAGAAUUUUUAAGGAGGGAAUUGUGGAUUCGGGAAAACUUUGACGAAUGGUUUAAAGAGGAGGAAGAAAAUGCGAAAAAACAACUAGCAGAAAGUAACAAAUAUAAACAGUACAGGAGGUACUUAAAGAACCAUGGGGUAGGAAGAAUGACUUUUGAUGACUCUUAAUUGUUUAGGUGAUUUUGUAUCUAACAACAGUAGGAAACAUGUAAAAUAUUUAUUUUAUUAAAAAAAACAUCGUUUAAUCAGUCACUUCCGAGCUUUGUACUUUUGAAUAUACCCCUCUCUUUUAAACAUCUGUAAAAGAAAAAUUUCAAUUAAAACUGUUACGAUUUA